CACCAUCACCUUUUUCAUCAAUAUCUCCGACCAACAAUAGCUCUUCAGUCUCAAGCGAAACAGUCGUUCAAUCAUAAUGAAGUUCAUUACCGCUUUCGUUGCUGCUUUGACUGCCGCUCUGGCUUCAGCCCAGACUCUCAACAUUCCUACUAGAGUGGGAGCUGUCCAGAGGGCCCGAGCGUCUGUCAUCUCCGCCAACCGUGACUUCGGAAAUGCGGAAUUUGACAGCGGCAUCGCCUGCAAUGAGGACGAAGGUGGUGACCCCGUCUUUAUCAUACGUCCUGGUGUCACCAUAUCCAACCUGAUUAUCGGACCUAAUCAAAUUGACGGCAUCCACUGUGAAGGUGCUUGCACCAUCAGGAACGUCUGGUUCAGGAACGUCUGCGAAGACGCUGUUACUGCACUUGGAGCUGGCAACGUUCUUAUUGAGGGCGGUGGCGCCACUGGCGCAUCUGACAAAGUCAUCCAGGCCAACGGCCGUGGAACUGUGACCAUUCGCAACUACACUGUCACCAACUCUGGAAAGCUGUACCGAAGCUGCGGCAACUGCUCCAACAACCAGGCUAGGAGCCCACGCCGCGUCAUCGUUGACAAUGUCCGCGCUAGUGGGAUGACUUCUGAAUUCGUUGCUAUCAACGCCAACUUUGGUGACACCGCUGAGAUUAGCCGUGUCUGCGGUAGCAAUAACGGUGAUAUUUGCAGGCCAUACCAAGGUAUCGAGCGCGGCCAGUCUGGUGGUGGCGGCCAGUCCGGUAACGCUGGAUGCGGUGGUGCCCAGGGAACUUUGGCCACAACCCCCGCAUGCUAAGCGCAUGUUUAAACCUCUCAGCAGGCAAUCUGCAGCAGAGAACAUCCAAAGAGCCUUCUACGCAGCUGGGAUAGUAUAAGAGAAGCUCGAAGACUAAGUUCUGUAGCGUAGCUCUGUAGCAUAAAGCCAAUUCAUUGCCUUUUUAAA